AUGGCUGUAGACCCCUUCAUUGAGGCAGCCUUUGGGCCGCCUCCUGAUGGCGUUGACCUGACCGAGAGCCAGGCCACGAAGAACUAUGCCAUCGUAAUUGUCCUUCUCGUCAUUGCUGCUCUUUCUGUUGCCGGUCGCCUGGUCGCUCGCAGUAAGUAUGGCGCUGGCCUAAGCCUCGAUGACUACGCCAUCGUCGUGGCUUGGCUGCUCUAUAUCUAUAGCUUCGUCUUCUGCACCGCCGUUCUAUCCACCAAGAUAUCGAUCCUCCUCUUCUACUGGCGUGUCUUCAUGGGCAACGUACUGUCAUUCCGCUUCUCCAUUUGGAUUGGAGCCUUUCUCGUCGGCUCAUACCCUAUCUACUUCAUGAUCACCAUGGGGUUCUGCUGCAACCCACUGUCGCACUAUUGGACUCAGUUCAAGGGCACUACAGGCACAUGUCUGGACGUCGGCCACUUCUUCUUUAUUCUGGCUAUCAUCAACCUGAUCACGGAUGUCAUACUGUUGGCGAUUCCGGUUCCCGAGAUCCUUAAGCUUCAAAUGAGCAAGGACAAGAAAAUUGCAGUGUGCGGCAUUUUUGGACUAGGAGGAUUUGUCUGCAUAGCUAGCGCGGUGCGUGUGCACUAUCUCAAAGUCUUCUCCACGGCGACCGAUAUAACAUGGAUGAUGGGUCCAGUAGCGAUUUGGUCAUCGGUUGAGCCGUCUGUGGGCAUCUUUUCUGCCUGUCUUCCUAGCUUCAAGCCAUUGCUCCGGGCCAUGAGAAGCAGGAACAUGAAAUCCAGCAGCUCAGGCGACAAGGGAUCUAUUUACCCACUGGGCUCAAAAGGGACUCGAAGUACACGGCCCAGGUUGAGGUUGGAUGAUGAGAUCGAUUUGCAGAGUCAGGCAGUCGGAGGCGAGGGAAGCGGAAGCAUGCACAGCGAAAAUGAUAGCGAGUUUGGAAGCCAUAUCCACGUCAAGACCGAUAUCAAACAGUUGGUCAAUGGCUUUUCGUAA